AUGGCAAAGACCCGGGCUUACUAUGCACAAUUUUGGAUUCAGGUUUAUCGAUAUUUUGUGGGGCUGUAUCACCGCCUCAAGAAAUGCUGGAGUGUCGUUAAGGGCUUUUUCACUAAAAAGGAGGAAGAACACAUCCCUCCAGCUGAGAGUAUUUUUCACAAAGAAAAAAUUGCGGUGCUUGGCCGUAUGUUGAAGGAUAAAUCUCUAGCCCUUGAACAGAGAGCUCAAGCUGCCUAUAGAAUUGGACUGUUGGCCUUUACAGGAGGACCAACUGCUGGAAAUUUUGCAGCUGAGUACAUGAAAGAAGUAGCUCACUUGUUGCAAAAUUACAAGAUGGAACCAAAAAUAAAGAUCCAGCUGCUCCAGAGUGUUGCAUCUUGGUGUUACUUAAACCCUGUCAGCCAGAGAAGAGCCAAACAUUUGCAGUUUAUUCCUAUUCUCGUUGAUCUUUUUGAUAACAGACUUGAGCCUACCAUGAAAAGUGACAUAAACAGCAACCUCCUGCUUAAAUUUUGGAGUUGCUAUGUUCUCUCUGUCAUGACAUGCAAUAACCUGUCUUGUAUGCAGGAGCUUAGAGACUACAGUUCUCUAAAAUAUCACUUGCAAAUGUUGGCCAGUGAGAAUUGGUCUGGAUGGCCCGAGAAUUUUGCAGAGGAGCUGUAUUUCCUCAUUGGUUUUCACAGGAAUUAAUUUCUCUAAAUCCAGUUACCUGAUGCAGCUGUCUGCACCACUGUAUCACCCUGGAAAACUGAAAUAAAUAACAAUAGCCGAUCA